ACCUCAAGGUUUAACCUACGUCCACAUCUACAAGACAAGAGCUAACGCUGAACCCAAACAGAAUCGACAACACAAUGAAGCUGUUUGUUUGCCUGUUGAUUGCCUGUGUGAGCCUCGCCCAAGGCGGCUUCCUUGGUGGAGGCGGCGGUGGCGGUGGUGGUGGAGGAGGAGGAGGCGGUGGCUGGUCCUCUGGAGGUGGAGGUGGAGGCGGUGGCUGGUCUUCAGGCGGCGGCGGUGGCGGCUACUCUGGCGACCAUGGCGGAGGAGGUGGAGGCGGUGUUGCCACAGUUGUCAAAGUCAUUCACGAAGAGGGUCACGGACAUGGCGGCGGCGGAGGCGGCGGCGGUGGCUUUGAUCAUGGCCAUGGACACGCUCAUGGCGGUGGCUUUGAUCAUGGUCAUGCUGGCGGCGAAGUCAAGAUUGUCAAAGUGAUUCACGAAGAAGGACACGGACAUGGCGGCGGAGGCGGCGGCGGUGGUGGCUUCGAUCAUGGACACGCUCAUGGCGGUGGCUUCGAUCAUGGACAUGGCGGUGGCUUUGCCCAAGGCGGUGAAGUGAAGAUUGUCAAAGUGAUUCAGAGUGGCGGACACGAUGCUGGCUUCUCGCAUGGCGGCGGUCACAGUCAUGGCGGUGGCUACUCUCAUGGCGGUGGCUUCUCCCAUGGCGGUGGCUUCUCCCAUGGCGGCGGAGCUGGCGGUGAAGUAAGCGUUGUCAAGGUGAUUCAUGAAGAGGGCGGACAUGGACACGAUCACGGUCAUGGUCAUGGCGGACACGAUGCGCACUUUGGCGGUGGCUUCGGAGGCGGUGGCCACCAGGCGGAGGAUGUCAAGAUCAUCAGCGUGAUUAGCGAAGAUGCUGGCGCUGGAGGCGCAUCUUUUGGUGGCGGCUCCGGUGGUGGCUGGUCAGCUGGUGGCGGUGGCGGUGCCGGUGGCUGGUCUGCUGGUGGCUCUUCUGGCUGGGAUUAAGCUGAAUCUCGACUGAGCUACAUUCAUCCACACACACACACAAACACACACACUUCCAUACCUCCUUUUGUGAUAUGCCAAGCAGGCGACAACUCGCUUUGUUUUC